GCGUGUAUGUUUUACCCGGAUAUCUGUUAAGGACGGACUCAACAACUGCAUGCUGUUUCCGCUCUUCCUUCGUAUAAUAAUUGGUAUGAAUAAGCUUACUAUCGGAUGACAGUCGUAACAUGACAAGUAAAUGACGCCUAAGAAAGUUCAACGUGCAAAAUUCCAUCUGUGUGAGAGUCAUGCUCCUGGUGGAUGCUGGUGUGUUCAUUGGAACUGCAGCCGACCUUAAUGAUAAUGAGGGGUUGGCAGAAGCCUCCAUAACUCAUAUAGUAUCUGUGGACUCUGUUGACCCGGGGUUUCUAGUUCCUAUGAACGCUAGCUAUUGCAAGAAAUGGAUCAAUGUCCUGGAUGAGGUGACAGCCGAUCUCUUGAGCCACUUCGACGACUGCUACCAGUUUAUUCAGGAGGCUGUGGAUGGAGGCGGCAUGGCGCUUGUCCACUGUCAGGCCGGACGUAGUCGGAGCGCCACUGUUGUGACUGCGUUUCUCAUGAAGCGAUACAAGCUGGGCUUCGCUGAGGCUUAUCAUAGACUGAAGAGUGUCAAGCAGGAUGUAGAGGUCAACACUGGUUUUGAGGAGCAAUUGUGUCUGUAUGAGGCUUUGCAGUGUCAAGUGGAUACCAGCAACCCUCUGUAUAAGCAAUACAGACUGACCAAGAUUACUCAGAAAUACCCUGAGUUGCCGCAGGUUCCCAGGGAAGUGUUUGCAGCUGACCCUGCUCAGUACAAAUCAUCUGAAGCCUCCUAUCGUUGCAGGAAGUGCAGAAGAACUCUGUUCCGGAGUUCCAGUCUUCUCAGUCACCCAGUGGGAGAAGGAGCGACAGCAUUCGACCACAAAAAAAACACCAACCUGACAGAAGUAGUCCAGUGUACAUCAUACUUCAUUGAACCAGUGCAGUGGAUGGAACAAGCUUUGCUUGGUGUAAUGGAAGGACAGCUACUGUGUCCUAAAUGCCAAUCCAAGCUGGGCUCCUUCAGUUGGUGUGGAGAUCAGUGUUCGUGCGGCCGCUGGAUCACGCCUUCCUUUCAGCUGCACCGAAACAGAGUGGAUGAGAUCCGGCUCAUUAACAUACAGAGAUAAUGGACGACGGUCUACGCAAUGUAAUUAAUAUAAUAAUCCCUUUGAAUAAAAAGUAGUCUUGUCAAAACGGUAUUCUCUCUCUACCUCUCGCGACCUCGUAUACCCAUAUACUAUCUGCAAAAUGUCAUAUUAAUACCUCUACGCAGGCUCACAUGUGCUCGAAUGUGAAGGAAUCACAGAAUGAAAUGUUCAAAUUGUACAAAAUGUACUGGUAGGCUUCACCCCAAAAGGAUAACAAUGGUCCCCCUUUCCUUGGGCUCACCACCUGGGUGCAGUGUGAUCUAGGCUGUAGCCGAAAGCAGGAACAUUGGCGAUCCACUCCCCAGCUACAGAAGCUCACUCUAGCAACGUGAAAUGUCACCUUUCUGGCAGAGAAAGUAACCUGAGCUGGUGUGAGAGGUUGAGAACUUCUGACCAGAUAUAGUCAGGCUCACUUCCAUACACUUCUUGGGCUCUGGUACCAGUCCUCUUGAGAGGGGUUGGACUUUCAAUCCACUCUGGAGUUCUCACAGUGAGAGGCAGAGGGUAGGUGCGGGUGUAUGCACCAAAACACCAGUUCAGAAUACCCACCCUAUGUGGAGUCCUUAGAAGGAGUGCUGGAGAAUGCUCCCAGUGGGGUCUCCAUUGUUCUUCUGAGGGACUUCAAUGCAAUGACAGUGAGACCUGAAAAGGGGUGUUUGGGAGGAAUCAGUCCCUGAGUGAUCUUCUGUUGUUGGACUUCUGUGCUCAUCACGGAUCGUCCAUAACGAAGACCAUGUUCAAGCUUAAGGGUGUUAACGUGCACAUGGAUCAGCACACCUUAGGGUGCAGUUCGGUGAUGGAGUUUGUGGUCCUGUCUUUGGACUUGCGGCUGCAUCUUUUGGACACUCGAGUGAAGAGAGGAACGGAGCUGUCAACUGAUCACCUGCUGGUGUGUUGGCUCUGA